GCUAUCUCGAGUCGGUCAUAGACACCAAAACUGGAUAGUGAUGUCUUUGGCCUCGCGGUGGGUUGAUUUCGAUUUUUUUCUGACUUGGUUUUUUGGCUUAUAUAAAGGGCGACUCUACUGCACCAGAGGGAGUCAGAGCUGUAUGCCAACCCAUAUCAUUUAAGAAAAAGUUAGAGCGCUAAAGUUCAUAAUUAUGCUCGCCGCUACACUUCUCAGCCUGACAGCAGUCGCUGCCGCUCUCCCAGCAUCCACUUAUGAUGCCCUCCCAACCACGGGGACUGUGAUAAGCCUAGAUAUUACCGCCUUGAACGAGACCUAUACUGUUCAAGAGAACGACACUUUGUCGGCAAUUGCCGCCAAAUACGGCGUGGGAACCUGUGAUCUCGCCAGGUUGAAUAUCCUUGCUGAUCCCAACUUCAUCUAUGCUGGCGAGGUGCUUCGCAUCCCUGCUCAACCGACCUUCCCAGAUGAUAUGAGUUGCUUCAGCACCAACAACACCGAGGCCACCAACACUUGUAUCGAUAGUGGUCCACACGUGUAUACUAUCAUGCCUGGAGAUACGAUUCAGAAGAUUGCCAACGAACGUUUUAACAUCACGGUCGAGUCCGUUAUCAACCAGACCGCCCAAACUGGGUAUAUUGCCGCUUUGAACCCUGGCCCCUAUGAUGUCCUUCAGACGGGCGAGACAGUGAAGAUUCCCAUCUGUGACAAUACUGCAUGUACCAUGACACAGUUUACUUUGGGCUAUGGCACCCUGCAAGACUUUGCUACUUACUAUGGGGGCGCCGUGGGACAGAUUAUGGCGUUGAACUUGGGCUAUAAUCAUUCGGAAGCUGCGGUUCCUUUAGGAGUGCUUUAUGAUUGUAGCGCUGUGAAUGAGGCUUGAGAGAUGAUUUUCAUG